CCUACCUUUAUAACUAAAUUAGUCAACACCGUCAACAUUGUAAACUGUAAAAUUGAGUUCCUGUUAAGGAAAUAAAUGUGACGUUUGUGUAAUAAAUGUAUUUUUUUGUGUUAAGAAUUAACUAAUUUCGUUAUUAAUAAUUAUUGAUUAAUUUAUUACGAAAUUGUUUAGAAAAUGGCACCGUCUACAGAAGUUCUAGAUAUUAAGAAGAAAGAUUCAAUUGAUCCUAAGGAUAAUUUAUGGUCAUCAAUCUUAAGCGAUGUACAAGCCCGAGGAAAUACAAAAUUACCAUCUUGUAAAUCUGUUCUCUUUCUCGGUGACAAUGAAUCGGGGAAAACAACACUUGUUGCGAAGUUACAAGGUGUAGAAGAUCCAAAGAAAGGGUCUGGCUUAGAAUAUGCUUAUAUUGAUGUUCGUGAUGAAUACCGUGAUGAUCAAACACGUUUAAGUGUAUGGGUGUUAGACGGUGAUCCAGGUCAUGCUAAUCUUUUAAAAUUUGCAUUGAAUGAAGAAACUUAUACGCAUACUUUGGUAAUUUUAACUGUUGCAAUGACCACACCAUGGGGCAUUUUAGAUCAACUUCAAAAUUGGGCAUCUAUACUUGCUGAUCAUAUUGAUACCUUGAAAAUAGGAUCUGAUGUUAGACAACAAUGCAGGCAAAAUUUAAUUCGAAGCUGGCAAGAAUAUAUUGAACCAGGUGAUGAAUUAGAAUCUCCAUUGAGGCGUACGUCACGUAAUUUAGGAGACACCACGGAUGGUGAUGGUAUUGAUCCGUUAGAUGAUGGCAGCUCACCUUUACCAGAAGGUGUUCUUACACAUAAUUUAGGUUUGGAUAUCGUAGUUGUCGUUACAAAGACUGAUUAUAUGUCAACAUUAGAAAAAGAACACGAUUAUCGCGACGAACAUUUAGAUUUUAUGCAACAAUGGAUUCGAAAAUUUUGUUUGCAAUACGGUGCUGCUUUAUUUUAUACGAGUGCUAAAGAAGAUAAAAAUUGUGAUUUAUUAUACAAAUAUUUAACACAUCGUAUUUAUGGUCUACCAUUCCGUACUCCAGCUUUAGUUGUGGAAAAAGAUGCAGUAUUUAUACCAAUUGGCUGGGAUAAUUUAAAGAAAAUAAGUAUUUUGCAUGAAAAUUUACACACUUGUAAAGCAACUGACUAUUACCGAGAUAUUAUAGUGCAGCCUAUUACCAGAAAGACAGUCUCAAAUCGAGAAACAGAAAUUCUAGCCGAAGACGAACAAGCGUUUUUAACAAGACAUCAACAAGUUCUACAAGCAGGUGGUGGUUUAGCAUCAAGCGGCGUACGAGUCGGUGAAUCACCAAUGCGAUCCACAUCAAUGGGAAUAAAAUCAUCACCUAGACCGGUAGGUGCCGUAGGUGCACAAGGUUCACCUAAGAAGAUUGAAGGGACUAAAGUUGUUGGAGCACCUGGCGGUGAACGAGUGUUAGCAAAUUUCUUUAAUUCGCUGUUAAAUAAGAAAACAUCACCUGGAGCACCGCCUGGAUUGGGUCAAGCAUCGCCUAAACCAGGUACACCUGGUGAAAUAGUUGUUGAUAAAGCUUCAAUGCGUUCAGAUGCAGCAGCUGAAUUAGAUAGACUUACACGUGCUAAAAAAGCUUCGUCCCCCACUGAAGUUGAUUUAAAUGCAUCAGAUUGUUAAAUUUAGUGGAUAAAAUAUAUAUAUUUUUAUUAUUCCAAUUAAACGCUUAACAUUGUAU